AUGCUAGCUUUCAUUGCACUUGGCAUUCUUAUCCCGUUGUGUAUAUCUUUCUACAUCCGCAGAGGAAGAAAGACCGAAGAAAGCAUAAAGCCUCUGUACGACAACAAGUAUCUGAAAGAGUACCUUGAGCUGUCAUCAGAUAUCUCGCCAUUGGAGCAGUACAAGAUACUUAUCAAGGCUAGUACGUAUCUUAUUGAAAAAGAAGAAGAAAUAGAAACAGAGUGCAAGGUGCUAUACUCUCUGUUCUACGCCAGAAUGAUAAGCAAUACGAUGUGGGAGCAUUUGAAAAACGCAAAAGAAGAGUUGGCCAUGGAUAAAAUUACAAUAGAAGCUGAGCUAGGGAGAUUUUCAAAGAUAGACAAGUCCAACAUAGAGAGGCCUGGUAAGUCCUCCUCUGCCUCCGCAGAAAAAACUACAAUUUCGUGCACGCCCUCAAAAGAAGACACAGAGGCGCUCUACCAAAGGAUCAAACUCAAACAGAAGAGCGAAUAA